GUGACAGAGAUAAAAAUAUUUAGAUAAAUAAAUAGCUAAAUAAAUGUAGAUAGAAUAACAAAAUGAGAACAUAAUAAAAUUAGAAUAACGUCUUGUUUGGCCGAACGGAUCGGGUUGGUAAGAUGAGCGAGAUGGGAGAAAUCUGGAUUUGGCUAUUGGUGAAAGAGUGGAUUUCCCGAGUCUGUGCCAAAGGGUGAAGAGCUGGAGUCUCACGAUCUCCCAAGCUGUUGUGGUGUAAGGGGGGAGUCACUUGCAAAAAGGAUUCCGACGCCCAAGUCAAAAUUCGUACAGAUGACAGUAGAGAUGAGUGGAUAGUGACGUACCAUGGGGGAGGGAUAGGACCCUCCCCUUAUAUACUCUGCUCCUAGAGCGGAUCCCACGGGGUCAGAUCUACCUUCCAGGAAGUUUCCCUCUCCAGCUGUCAUGUGCCUUGCUGAAGGAGAGGGAAUAUUCGGGUGUUCCCCUUGGUUCGGGUCUCACGUUCUCGCCGGGUUGGCCGCCCGGACCGGAGCGACGCGCUAGCUGGCCCGAACCGAAACACAUCUAUUAUUAAAAAGAUGACAAAAUCUCGUUUUAGGUAGUUUAGACUCAUGAAGAGAAGAUUAGCAUAGCAGAAUAUUCAAUUAGAAAGGUGAAUCAGAUAGAAAAUAAACAUAUGAAAAAAAGUAAAAAAUCCUAAGAAGACUAUAAUCUCAUUGUAAAUAUGAUAUAUAAUAAGACGUAAUGACAUCAUUAGAUCCAUAUAAUUGAUUUUAUCUAGCAGAAUAAGUCUUUUGUUUUGUUGUUGCCGGUUGUUAUACUAAAUCUUUCCUGGGAAAAAGGGUUUAAGAAAAUUGAAAUUAGCAAAAAGAUAAUAAUAAAAACAUUCCUUACCACCAACCUCGAUUAUUAAGUGCAUGGAACCACUAUUUAAGUUUCUUGUUUCAGAGUAUUAUUUCAUGUGUUGGUUACAAAGAAUUUGGAAUCAUUACUAAUACAAAACAACUGAGUCUUAAACAUUGUUCUUUCUUUUCUUUACCUCUUUGCACAUCACACUCAAUAAUUCCCUUCCUAUUAUUUGUUUUGCAUUCCAAAGAUGAGUAUCACCAAUGACCAAGGUGUCAACCUCAAGCAUGUCAAACUAGGCUACAACUACUUGAUCAACAACCUUUUCACCUUGUGCUUUGUCCCCUUGAUCAUUGUAACUUCAGUCCAUUUAUCCCAAACUGAUCUCAAUGAUCUCCACCAUGUUUGGCUCCACCUCAAAUUCAAUCUCAUCACCAUCCUAAUUUGCUUUGCUUUCAUUGUCUUUGGACUUACCCGCUACAUUCUCACUCAAUCUCACCCUGUCUACCUCGUUGAUUUCGCUUGUUUUCGCCCUGCUGACCACCUCAAGGUCCCACUCCAUUACUUCAUGGAGCAUUCUCGGCUCACGGGGGAUUUUGACGAGUCCUCCCUCGAGUUCCAGCGCAAGAUUCUCAUGCGCUCAGGACUCGGGGAUGAGACUUAUGCCCCCGAGGCCAUGCAUUUAAUACCUCCUCGACCUUCUCUGGCUGCAGCUAGAGCUGAGGCCGAGGAGGUAAUGUUUGGUGCUUUGGACAAUCUUUUCCAAAACACCAAACUUAAGCCUAAGGAUAUUGGCAUUCUUGUGGUGAAUUGUAGUGUGUUUAGCCCCACACCUUCACUCUCUGCCAUGAUUGUUAACAAAUAUAAGUUAAGGGGUAACAUUAAGAGCUUUAAUUUGGGGGGAAUGGGGUGCAGUGCUGGGAUUACAGCUGUUGAUCUUGCCAAAGACUUGUUGCAAGUUCAUAGGAAUACAUAUGCUGUUGUUCUUAGCACUGAAAUCAUUACUCAGAAUUGGUAUUCAGGGAACAAGAAAUCCAUGCUCAUACCCAAUUGCUUGUUUCGUGUCGGCUGCGCGGCCUUGCUGCUGUCAAAUAAGUCUGUUGACAGAAGAAGAGCAAAGUACAGGCUUGUUCAUGCCGUGAGGACUCAUCUAGGGGCCGACGACAAGGCCUUCCGGUGUCUCUAUCAAGAACAGGACGAAGCCGGGAAGACCAGCAUUUCCUUGUCUAAGAAUUUAAUGGAUAUUGCAGGCAAUGCUCUUAAGACAAACAUCACCAGUCUUGGUCCUUUGGUGCUCCCAAUUAAUGAGCAGCUUCUGUUUUUUGCCACAUUGGUGAUGAGGAAGUUGUUUAAGGCUGAUGUGAAGGCUUAUAUACCGGAUUUCAAGCUUGCUUUUGAUCAUUUUUGCAUACAUGCUGGUGGCAGGGCAGUGAUUGAUGAGUUGGAGAAGAAUCUCCAGCUUCUUCCUUGCCAAGUUGAGGCUUCUAGGAUGACACUUCACCGGUUUGGAAACACUUCGUCUAGCACGAUUUGGUAUGAGCUGGCAUAUAUAGAAGCCAAAGGGAGGAUGAGAAGGGGAAACAAGGUAUGGCAAAUUGCAUUUGGAAGUGGGUUUAAAUGUAACAGUGCAGUUUGGGAAGCACUUCAGAAUGUGAAGCCUUCUCCUAAUGGACCAUGGGAAGAUUGCAUUCAUAAGUAUCCUGUGGAA